AUGAACCGAACUGCGGACGUGCGUCUGGUGAAUGGAGUGGAGUUGUUCAUGGCGCCUUUAGUUGGCUCCCAAUUCAUUGAGUGGUCCAAGUUGGUUGACGUGGAAAUGGAUCCACUUCCGGUUGUCAUUUCACUCGAUGAGCUGAAAACUCACUUCAUGAGGCACCUCGUGAAUCAGGAUCGCCAGGGUUGUCAGCAAACCACUUCGUCUGCUACACAGGAAACCUCCUCCAACGGCGAGUCCGUGCGAGAAAUUAUCGAUCGCAUUCGCAGCCAAGUUCAACGGGACGCCGGAAUGAACAAGGCGGGCACAAUCCCAGCGCAUCCCACUGCCGCCGACGCCAACAUCGCCAAAACCCACGGGCUAAAAACCCAGGGUUCCCAGGUACUCUCAUCUCCCGCAUCAUGA